AUGAGCUCCUACGGCGGGCUAGGUCCCAUGGUGAAUGGCGUCCUCUGGACUGAGGCCGUUCUAUUUGCAUUUUUCGUAACACUCAGACUCUAUACCCGAAAGCAGAUCCUCAAUGCUGUCGGUGCUGAUGACUAUAUAUGCAUUCUGGCGCUGGUCGUCCACAUUCUUUACACAAUUUUCGUCACCAUGGCCACACACUACGGCCUAGGCAGAUUAUUUGCUGAUAUUGGUGAUCCAACGAUCUACUUUACUGCUGUCAAAUAUGAAUUAUUCAGCCAGGUGGCUGGUAUAAUGGUCAUUGGCAUCGGAAAAGCGGCCGUUGGCGUUUUCCUACUCCGAAUCGUGCGAAACAAGAUCCAGAUCUGGUUUAUCUAUGUCUGUCUCGGUAUAACCGCCAUUAUAACAUUAUUUGCCAGCAUCGUUGUUAUUGUCCAGUGCUCGCCGGUCGAGAAGAGCUGGAAUCCGAUGACACCUGGACAUUGCUGGAUCAACUUUUCCAACGUUGGCUAUACGGUUGGUUCUUGGUUUGUAGCUGCCGAUCUCGCCUUCGCAACCCUCCCGUGGUUCGUUGUCUGGGAUCUCAAUAUGAAACGAAAGGAGAAGAUCACUGUUGCUUGUGGUCUGAGUCUUGGAAUAUUUGCCGGUGUUUGUGGUAUUGUCCGUACAGUCGCCCUAAAUGGCCUCGACGCCUCUGAGUACAUCUACGACACCGUCCCAAUGCUCAUUUGGUCUGCUACAGAAAGUCUCGUCACAAUAAUGUGCUCCUCCAUUCCCGUCCUCCGACCUCUUUAUAUCCGCAUCCGCUACGGCAAAGAUGGCAAAGACAGCUCCGUCGGAAACAGCGGUGACAAAACCUCAUACAAAUUGCCCAUGUAUGGCAGCGGUGCUCGCAAGUACGGUAAAUUCUCAAUUUCGAACACGAAUGACUCGGUCCUUGAGCCGAAGAAUUCGACGAUUGUUAAAUACCACUCGCGUGAUACCAGCGAUGAGAACAUUCUCCAGGGAGCGGCGGGUAUUGAGAGGACGGAUGAGAUUUCAGUUAGCUAUGAGAGAUUUGAU